AUGUUGUUCAAACCUCCCGUGCAUCAAGGUUUGCAAGGUUUGCCUUCAAUAAAUGUUGAUGUGCCACAGCAACAAAACAACCAAAAUAAUGAAAGUAAUGUGACGUAUAAUGGUCCAUUAUUUCUACGACAACAUUCGUCAAAAGCAACCAAGGAUUCAAAUUCUAACGUACAAGAAAUAAAUACAGCGCAAAAGGUACCUGCUCCAAAUAAGUUACUGGAUUUGUUGAUUUCAAAAAGAAAUGCAUCUAAAAAAAAUGCGAAAUUCAAAUCAUUCUCAGAAGCAAGUCCCACUGCUACAAAGAAGACAUUAAGUUCAAAUCCCGUCGACAACAGUAGAGGCAAAGAAACUAUUUAUAGUAUUUUAAACCAUGAUCUGAAAUCGGAUGGGAAAAAUCUGCAAUUAAAUAAAAGAAUAGCAGAUAAUGAAUUAGAGAGUGAACCUAGAAAAGGCUUAAAAACUGCCGAGACCAAUAUAUCCUCAGAUAAAAAAUCACAGAAGGAUAUAGUUGAAACACAGAAAAAUUUAAAAAAUGAAGCAAUUGAAGAAGGAGAGGAUGAUAAUGUGACAAUAUUAGAUGUAACACAUUUAGAAAAGGAAACAGAAAGAAAUGCAAUGGACACAGACAAUACGACAACCGUAACAUCAAUUGAGAACAAUGUUGAUGCGAAAGAAGCAGGAAUUAAAAAAAUUCAAAUAUCAAGUUUAAUCGAGCCAAGAGAAGCAUCUAAAAGUCUUAAUGAAAUAGAAGAUGAAAGUUAUAAAGAAAAUGAUAAAGAAGUACAGAAUAACACAAAUGAUAAUCUUUCUCAACAGGAAAUAGCUGAAAUAAAUGCAAUGGAGGAAAAAUCUCUUUUAAAACAUAAAAUACCAGAUAAAAACAUCAAACCUUUGCCAAGUUCAACAAUUAAUGUUCAAGAAGGUAGCAUAAUGCAUAUAACUAAUGAGUUAACUUCUUCCUCUGCAUCCUCCCCCUCGGAAUCGAAAGAAGAAUCUGAUGAAAACUAUAGUUCUAGUGAGAUUGACGGAAUGAAUUCAUCAAAUAAUCAGAAAUUUAAUAUGGAAAAUUUAUUAGCAGGUCUAGUAAAUGUCGAAACAAGACUUCAGAAUGAAAGUGAAUACGAAGCAGAGUCUGCAUUUAAAAAAUACGAUUAUGAAAUUAGUAAGAGAAUGAAUAAACUAGAAUUCGACCAUAGUUUCUUUAAUAGAGAGAAAUUGUCUAAUCUAAUAAAUUCAGGUGUGUUCACUCAUAAUGCUAUUGAUUCAGAUGUUUACGUAAGCUCAACAAAUAAUAUUUCUUCUUUCAGAAACUACCAACAUUCUAGAGCAUUUUUAUUCCAGAAUGAGAAAAAGAAAAGUCGUUUAAAGUAUUUACCACAGGCAGAAGCAGCGUUUUUAGAUAGUAAGAAAGGUCAUUCAGAAGUAGUCUGUGACAAUACUGUCUCUAACUUUCCAAGAGAAAAUAUCAUUGAACCUAAAAUUGAUCUUACGUUACAAGAUGACUUUAAUGCUGGAAAAGUAAGAUGGAUUUCUGAAUGGAAGAGGCAUUUGAAAUAUUUUCAUAUUUAUUUUGAAAAUUCCGAUACACAGGUACAGGAUAGCAUUGUAAUUAUUUUUGAAGCAAUCAAAUUAAUAUUUGAGAAAGAAUUGGGAAGUAUAAUUGAUAGAAACUAUUCUGAUGACACAGAUGUCAUUAUUCUUAACUGUGAUUUAGAGAACAUUCCGGAAGGAAAAAGAUCUCCUGCAUUGAAAUCUGCAAUGUUCAAGAACAGUACAAGAACAGCCCGAAAAGUACGUAUUUGGACAUUUUCUAAAAUCCUAAAAUUUUUAUUAACUAUGAGAGUCGAUAUAUCAAAGUACAUCUAUGACGUUAAAAAUGUAAGGUUAUCAAAUAUGUCUCGAUCGGAAAUUCCUACAACCGCCUCAACUAAAGUGUCACCUGAAAAUGAUCCAAUAAAACAAACAGUUGAAGGUAUAUAUACAUCUUCGGGAUCGCCUACAAAUGUCAUAGCAAAUGAUGGCGCAGACAGGGUUGAAAAAUUAACAGCAAAUGAUGGAGCAGACAGGGUUGAAAGUUUAAUAGAGGAAGAGAUUCAGGGAUCUACAGUACAUAGUAAAAAUAGCACUACUUCUGAGAUUGAUAAACCAAAUGAAGUUCCAAAUGCAGCUCCAAAUGAAGUUCCAAAUGCAGCUCCAAAUGAAGUUCCAAAUGCAGCUCCAAAUGAAGUUCCAAAUGCAGCUCCAAAUGAAGUUCCAAAUGCAGUUACAAAUGCAGUUCCAAAUGAAGUCCCUUUCAACAGAAAUUGUUAUCACCAGAAAGUGAUUGAUAUAAUUAAUAAUUCUUCACAGUUGUCAGAAACUGAUAUUAAUAAUUCUUCACAGCUGUUAGAAAGUUUAGGAAAAAACAUACCGGCCAAUAUAGAGGAAUCAACUAAUCCUGAGAAACCAACGGAUACAAACUUAGAAAUACUUUUUUUGAGAUCGCUAUUGGAGAAGUCUUUAUUGCUUUUGGAUAGCAAAACGAAACUGCUAGUUGAAAGUUAUUCCAAAAUCGAGAGUCUAUCUGCGGAAGUGUUGAAGAGUCAAUUUACUAUAUCUUCUUUAAAGGCAAAUCUUCAGAAGUUGGAAGAUCUCGCCGAUGAUGAUAAUUCAAGGUCAAUAUAA